AUGUCUCCUACUGUGUGGCUAUACGUGCCCGCUAUCGGCGAAAUUCUUCAGCUCAUUCAGCUUGCCCAUGAGGAGCAUCCAUUCAUCUCCUUUACUACAGGAUCGUAUGUUGUUGUAGGGUACCUUGCUAAUCACAACCAAAUAGCAGCCAUCUACUGCGAAAAAUCCUUCCAGGUGGCCCAGCCUUGGACUGGUCGGCUUACGCAACUUGGGUGGCUGAUUAUCCCUGGUGAGGGGGAUGCUACGCACCUUCACGAGCUAUUCACAACAGCGCCAGCUGGCGGCGCUUAUAUUAGUGCAAUAACACCUACAUACUGUAGGGCUGACAGCAGAGGUAUCCCAAUGCCUACUUGGCUCCUUCAAGAACUUUUGAACGCAUCAGUUCAAUUCUCUUAUGCUCCGUUUCCAAACGGGUAUCCGCCUCCCGCUCCCACCCCCAUACAACAACUAACGUAUGAGGCGCUGCCCUCUGACAAUUCAAGUGCUCUCGAUCACGCGCUCUCGGAUGGUCUCCUGGCCCCCACUUCUUUUGACCUCACACCCACGGAGCUUCAAGAGCUCGAUUGUGGCUAUAACUACUGGGGAUUAUCCACUAUUACCUCCCUCAAUGGUGUCGACGAUGCAGCUAUUAUGCCCUUUUUGGACAAAUGGGAUGAAGUUGAUGAUGAUCUCAACAGAGAGCCAGUCCACGAGGGUUUUCAUCCCGACUUACAAUGGAGAAGGUCUAAGGAUGGCAUAUGGGCAACCUUAAACAAGAAGCAACGAGACACCCUCACCCGCGCAAUGAAGAAGUCGUCUUGGUGGCGGAUCGUGAUGCUCACUAGGGCCAUAUUUGUUGGAGCUAUGUGGGUAGGAGAGCGCCCAAACCCAUUCGAGAUUUCUCAGUUGGAAGUACAACACCGAGUUACCAAUAUCUUUCUCACCGCGCUUCAUCUAUGUGACACAACUUAUGACGAGAUGAAGAAACUACCAGUAACCGUCAAAUUUACCAAUGGAGGCACCAUUUCUGCUGGGUGGCUGGAAUUCCAUGUAAAUGUGUAUAAGGUGAUUUCCGAACUCGUUGGGGAACAUGCUUUCCUGGAGCUCCUUUGGGCAUCACUCUUUCACCCAAUCAGCAAGUUAGCAAACGGAAAAGGCAGUGCGAGGCUAGCCAAUUUCUUUUCGGAAGAAAUCUUUUCAGAUUCCAGCUGUCUGGGCCAAAAACCGGUGUGCAAUUUGAUGACUUUGCUCUACCAGUCGAUGGUCACCAUCAUGAAAGAAAAAUGUGCUAGCUCGGAGAAGAUCGAACAUCUUGAACCAGAAGUCAUGAACGGGGUUCUCAUGUCAGCUCUGAAUGAAAUGAUGAAUAAUAUCCUGCCUAUUGCUCCCAGGUCGGGUCUUCCGAGAAUCAUGACAGACGAGAACGGGAAGAGGUUGAGGAACAUGACGGACGUUGAACCUAUCGAGUUUACACAGCAGCCAAUCAUUCAUUCUUGCAUUGUCGUCCCAAACAGUACUAAGGGCUUUAGUUCCCCCAAGUCUCUGAGAUUUAGCUCACCUGUACCGCCUUCCUACUUUUCGGCUCGGCCCAUUGCGUACUAG